UUGUCAAACAGGUUUGUCUUGAGCUGCUUCAAACACACACUCACCCACACACACACACGCCUGUCUCUGAGAGCAGUGGACCCGGAGGAGAAGUGGCAGAGGAGCCGGACAAGGAGCCCAACGUGAGGCCUCCUGACUCAGAAACACCAAAUUGGAGGCUCUAUUUCUGUUGGUGUGACCCACCUCUCCACAUUCCCCUUUGGUUCGUAACACGGCUGCGGGCCUGCUUUCUUUACGUGUCACCCUGCUGCUGCUGCUGGUCUCUGCGGGUUGAAGGGAGUUUCCUUGUGUGGUUUGUCUUUGUGGAGAGAUCCCAGGGACGUGGAGCCAGGUGAGGGAGGAGGGACUGGGAGAAGGUCCACGGCUCCCAGCAGCAGGAGCUGGGCCCAUGCAGCUCAGACUGGAAUUGCAAAUAUGUGGAGAAUGACGUCCACAUUUCAUCUGACAUGCUGCAGUUACAUCUCUUCUCAAAUGGAGUGGAGCCGAUGGAGCUGCACAGAGGAAUAAAAUAAAGGAUAAUAUCGCUUUCCCAGCAGGUGGUUAAAGGAAAGAAACUGUGAAACAGACGGGUGCUAGUUUUACAAAAUGCCUGUGGAGACCCUGCAACGCCCGGUGAGGAAACCAGCGAGGACUGCUGUACCUGCUGCGCCCCCCCGCCUGCGGCCCAAGGGGACAGUGGGUCAGCAAUGUCCAGCACCGGAGGCCAGACCGAAGCAGAGCGCGGUGGAGAGGCUGGAGGCCGACAAGGCUAAAUAUGUCAAGAGUCCGGUGGCUCUCUCUAAGCAGCAGCCGGUCAGGCCCCCCGAGCUGCGGAGCCCUCAGCCGAGCCCCGGCUCCGCCCUGCGGCCCACCAGGAAGACCCCGACCCAGACCAAAGCAAGGCAGGAGGUGGUCCAGCUCAACUUGGAGCACCUGAGUAACCUCAUCAGCGGAGUGAAUGAUGAACCCAUGUCCAGUGCCACUGCGAGCUCCGAGGACAGUGGAGCUCCUGGUUGUGCCGGCUCCCCUUGCUCCACAGCCGCAGAGACGCAGCAGAAGAAAGAGAGGCCGGUUCCCCCCCCUCGUCCCGACUGGUCCAGUCCAGCUAAAGUGAGGUUAAAAGCCUCAGGACCUGUCAAGGUGGAGACCUCAGGCUCUCCUGGAUCUCCGGCUGCAGGGACCGUACGCAGGGUGGACGUCAUGCCUCAGGCCAGCCCUGUGCGGACGCCCUGCAGGCCGCCCCAGUUCAUGCUGCAGCCCCUUCAGCCCCUCCCACUACACCCCCAGUUUCCACUCCGCCAGGCUGUUUCAAACCUGCGUCUCUUCAACCGGAGAACACCAGCUUCUUCUCCUCUGAAGCCGGUUGUUGCCAAACCCGAUAACCCUCCCUCUUCUCCAGCCGGAACCCCCGUCUCUGCUCCAUCUCCCCCCAGCUUCGACCCAUUCCCUCCAUCCUCCCCAGCGAUCACCCGUUUGUCCUCCUCCAGCUCCCGGAAGCGCCCGUCCCUGACCCGGUCUAAAUCAGACAUGAGCGACAGAUUCUCCAGAGCCGGGACGGAGCUGGAGCGCUUCUUCAACUUGUGUGGCCUGGACCCUUCGGACCUGCCGGACCUGCCUGGAUCCAGCUCUGAUAUCGUUUCCCUGGCCCGGUUUCGCAGUGUGAGCGCCCCGGCCUCAGAGUGUGCAGGCUCGGGUGGAGAAGAAGGAGAAGGUGAUGGGGAGGAUGCUGGGAACAUGGAAGAGCGGGUUCCAUACGGUGUUUCUGUCAUCGAGAGAAAUGCGAGAGUGAUCAAAUGGCUGUUUGGGCUCCGGCAGGCCAAGGACAAUGUCAGUAAGAGCACCAAUUUAUAGGAUCCUGUGAACGAUUUCAAACUAAGAGCCCAUGAUGUCACACAUGAUGACGCUGAUGAUACACUGAGGUUAAGAAAGUGAGGGAUGUACUUUGUCUGUUUUUGUAAAUCACUCUGAGUGGACCCCUUUUCUGUUUUCAUUUCUUUUUUUCAUUAAACUGAGGUCAGUUUUAUUUUGACUUUUUGUUUUAUUUUGUUCAUUUGUUUGGUCAGUUUUUGCUGAGUCAUGUUUUUGUGGCUGUGAACCUCAUUAUCAUAUUUUUUUUUUUUGCUCAUUGAUGUUUGAAUUCAGGUUUGAUCACUUCCUGCUGUAACUGGAACUCAUUAAAGAGGAAAUGAUUAAACGAG